ACCAAGCAUUGUCGUUCUAAGAGACUUCGGAAUUUACCGGUAUAGUACAGUGAAAAAAGUACUCGUUAUUUAAAUCAGUAAAGUUAAUUCAGAGUAAAGAAGCCCAUCCGUUUACUUGUCCGACUCAUUUAAAUUCGAUAAUUGUCCCUUUAGCUUAAAACAAAGAGAUGACAAUGCGUAAAUUUGUUUUGCUGAAACGCUAACUGGCGUUUCUUGCUUCUACGUAUUUAUUACAUACUUUUUCAAGAAUGAAAUAAUUCAGAACCUGAAAAGUGACGUUGAUCUAAGAAUAUUUGAUUAUUAUUCCACCACGUUUCACAGGAAAUAGGAGCGAUUCGCCAAAGCCUGCAGCAAGAUUAUUUUCUAGACUUUCGCAAUGAGUUCUUUUCUGGGUUAUAAAUUCUGUUCGUUUACUAAUUCAUCCAUUCGAUCCUGCUUUCCACUUGUAACCAAGCGGCUGCAACAAACCCAUGCAGCUUUAAAUGUCAUAGAAAACAAGCAGAUGUCUGGAGUGGUGCCUGUCUUCAAGCGAGCCGUGAAAUUUGGUGAUAAAACAGCUUUGCGAGACAUACAUGGAGAUUACACAUAUCGGGGUUUAUUUUUGAGUUCUCGGCAAUUUGCAAAUCAACUUUCACAAAUGCUUGAUGGCGUAUUGCAGAAAAGAAUUGCAUUUAUGUUACCAAAUGAUGCUAGCUAUGUCAUCACACAGUGGGCAUGCUGGAUGAGUGGUCAAAUAGCUGUACCAUUAAGUGCUUUAAGUCCAACACCAGUUCUUGAUUAUUAUAUUAAGGACUCUGAUGCAACGGUGAUAGUCACUACAUCAGAACUUGUACCACUGUUGGAGCCUCUCGCCAAUAACACAAAGAAGCACCUUGUAGUAUUUGAUGAUACACUCAGAAUCUUGGCAAUGAAACCUAGCGAUAAAAUGGCAAAUAAUAAGCAAAUCAGUCAAAGUGAUUCAGAGGAUUCACUCGAAGCUGGCAUGAAAGACGAUUUUUAUAAUUUAAGCGAUGCCAUGUUUGUGUAUACGUCAGGUACUACUGGCAAGCCAAAAGGUGCAGUACUAACUCAUAAAAAUCUGCAGUCACAAGUUAAUGCACUGGUGAGUGCAUGGAAGUGGUCGGAGAAGGAUAUCGUAUUGCAUACAUUGCCUUUGAAUCACAUUCACGGAAUAGUAAAUGUGCUACUAUGUUCACUUUAUGCUGGAGCACGUUGUGUCAUGCUACCAAAAUUCGAAACCUCUAGUGUCUGGAGCCAACUUCUUGGCAUCAAUUUGGCAAAUACAGAAAGAGUAAAUAUGUACAUGGCAGUGCCUACUAUCUACGUGAAGCUAAUACAAGAGUUCGAUCAACUUUUCAGUAAAAAUUCUAAAAUGACUGAGUAUAUUCAUAAUGUGUGCACUACUAAAAUAAGAUUAAUGGUUAGUGGAUCAGCGCCACUUCCUAAACCGAUAUUUGAUAGAUGGGAGCAAAUAACUGGGCAUAGAUUACUAGAGAGAUACGGGAUGACCGAAACUGGUAUGGUACUCUCAAAUCCUUUAGAUGGUGAACGAAUUCCAGGAACGGUUGGUACACCAUUGCCUGGAGUAAGUACAAGAGUGAUGAAACCAGGGGUUUCUGAAGAUGAUACUGAAAUUCUUGUCCAAAACAUAGCAGAGAAGAAGGAUGUAUUUUCUAAAACUAAGGGUCCCAUUAGCGGAGACUUGCAAGUUAAAGGAGACUCCGUUUUUCGACAAUACUGGAAUAAAUCAGAAGCCACUGCAGCUGUCUUUACCAGUGAUGGCUGGUUUAAAACAGGUGAUACUGUGGAAUAUGAAAACGGUAUAUAUAAGAUGCUAGGUCGAAGCUCUGUGGACAUUAUUAAAACCGGAGGAUACAAAGUCAGUGCAUUGGAAGUGGAAACCGUAUUACUUGGGCAUCCUGAUAUAAUUGAUUGUGCAGUUGUUGGGCUUCCAGAUAUUACAUGGGGUCAAAAGAUAGCAGCCAUUGUUGUUGCAAGGGAAGGAUCUGAGGUAAUAUUAUCACAGUUACGGAAAUAUGCGAAGAAAUCGCUACAGGCUUAUGCUGUUCCCACUGUUCUGAAAGUGGUUGAUAAAAUACCUAAAAAUAGUAUGGGAAAGGUGAAUAAGCCAGAUCUCUUGACUGCCAUAUUCCCAGAUUCUAAAUUUUAAGUUUCUCCUUUCAUUUAUUUUUCUUCCCAGUCAGGAAUGAAAAAUAUACUUAUUGUAAGACAUAAGUCGAGUCUAUGAUCUCUUAAAUUAUUUGUAUUUUAAGAGAAACAUGUUUCAUUUUAUGAACAGAUUCGUGAAAUGUGCAGAAAUACAAUAAUACAUUUAAGUAUGAGAACUUAA